AGCAGUCCCAACUUGUAAAGCCUUUUGCUGCGAGAGACACUGCGGGCAGCGCCGCCGACACCGACGCCGACGCCGACGCCGACGCGGGGUUGAGCCGCCACCGCCAGGAUGCGGGGUCUGACGCGGGCGGGGAAGCGCGCCAGUGAUAUGGCCUUCAACGCCGGCGGCGGAGCCAUCAACUGGUUCCCCGGCCACAUGGCUGCCGCCUCACGCGCCAUCCGCGACCGCCUCAAGCUCGCCGACCUCGUCAUCGAGGUCCGCGACGCCCGCAUUCCGUUAUCCUCAGCAAACGAAGACCUUCAGCCGGUGCUUUCAGCUAAGAGGCGUAUCCUUGCUCUAAACAAGAAAGAUCUAGCGAAUCCCAAUAUAAUGAAUAUGUGGCUUGAUCAUUUUCAAUCAUCUAAGCAAGAUUGCAUCUCAUUAAAUGCACAUAGCAGCAACUCUAUUAAUCAGCUGCUUGGGCUUGUGGAGUUGAAACUAAGGGAAGCAAUCUUGAAAGAGCCCACACUUCUUGUUAUGGUAGUUGGUGUCCCCAAUGUUGGAAAGUCUGCACUCAUUAACUCCAUUCAUAGAAUUGCCAAUUCUAGAUUUCCAGUGAACGAUAAGAUGAAGCGGGCUAGAGUAGGACCUCUCCCUGGAGUUACACAAGACAUUGCAGGAUAUAAGAUUGCAAGCCAGCCGAGCAUUUACGUGCUUGAUACACCAGGUGUUCUAGUGCCAAGCAUUCCAGAUAUGGAAACAGGUCUAAAGCUUGCUCUGACAGGAGCUGUUAAAGAUUCGGUGGUAGGAGAGGAGCGUAUAGCCAAAUAUUUAUUAUCUCUUCUUAAUAUUAGAAAAACUCCUCUACAUUGGGAGCGAUUGCUACACAGAAGAGAAGAAUUUGAUGAAGAUCCAGAUGACAGUUGUGAAAAAGGGUCUAGAGGUUCACUGCGGAGGAGGCAGCGUUUUAACAAUUCCGAUGCCUUGUAUGUUCAGGACUUGGUGAUAGAGGUCCAGAGAACGCUGUGCAGUACAGCCAUGGAAUUUACAGGCAACCUCGAUGAAGAUAACGAGCUGGAAAGUCUAAUUGACUCACAGCUUGUUGCCCUUCGAAAGGUGUUCAGAAUACCCCACAAACCGCUUGAUGAAUCACAUGGCCCGGCCUCCAAGAAGUUAUUGACUCUUUUCAGAUCAGGGAAACUCGGCCCGUUCAUCCUCGACGACCUUCCUGACAAGCAGUGAAGGGGAAGAUUCACUUGCCUUUGAAUGCCAGGUGAUUGCAAUCUUCCAGGAUUAGUUUUGUUGUGAAGUAAUGCAAUCUGUCACAAUGUUCAGCACCACUCAUAGAUAACUAGAAGCAGACGUGUGCCUUGCUGCGCAGAUUCCCUUGCAGGGUUUCUCCGCUUGCCGCUUUUUUGGUGGUGGGCUCUUUGCCUAUGUGUAUUGGCUGCUGUUUCUUGUUUUCCCCGCGUUCUUCUCAUCCCCUUUCUCCUGAGAUUUCGGUGGAAGUGGCUGUGCAAGGUCUUUAAGAAACUUACAUAUAGGGGAAUCGAUUUUGCAUCAUCAGCAGGUGGGUUCCUUGGACUGUCGGUGUGGCACCAAUAUGUACAAACCGUAGGCAGCAAGAAUGAUGCAGCAACAGGAUUAGCUAAUUUUUUCUGUAUAUAUGUAAAGAGAAGUCUGCUAGUAGUAACUCUUUAUGAUUGAUUAGAGUAGCCAUGGUAAGCUGAAAAAGGUUUUGCAUCUCCUGAAGCUGUGAAUUUCACUCAUGAUGCAAGCUAGAAAAGUUUUGGAUCUCUUGAAUAUGAGACUGAAAAACUAAGCAAACUAGCCUAAACUACUGCCAUA